AUGAUGUUACAGGAAAGUAAUAUACAGUCUGGGGAAACUAAUACACAACCACAAUCAGAGCUUCAUCCAGAGCAGGACUUAAACCCUGAAUUAUACAAUAGAAAAAAAUGCUUUAAAAAACCAAGCUGGAAAAUACAAGAGAAUUUUAAUGCUGACAAGUUAGAAUUACAGUCUAAUAUUAAUGACUUAUGGUCUAAUACUGUUGAAUGCAUGUUUGCUCUUUCCCAACAAUCUCCUGAGCCAAUACAACUAGAGGGCACUAUCCAGCAAUUGAAUGUUGCUUAUGAGAAUUAUCAAAGACUGUGUGUUUAAAUAUAUUGCUCUCUUAAAGCGGUACAACACUCAAGGGUGAUUGGAAGAAUUA